AGCUUUUCUUCCUUUCUUUUUGCAUUUGAUUAUUUUGGGAGCUGAAAACUUGGAGCUGCACCUGAGUCCCGCCUCUUCUAUCUCUCCCCUCCCUACCUUGGCUUGGAGGAAGAUGGGUCUUGCUGUGAAUCUGCCACUACUCCCUAAGGAUAUAGAAGUCAUGGUGGGGGCCAGGGGUGCCCGCCAAGAGAUUGUAGCUGGCAGAGUGCAAUAGCAGACAUGGUGAUCAGGCUGCCAGUGUGUCCUCUGGAGGUGUCAAGAGAGGAAGGGGAGUCUUGUCCACACCGACUGCAGUUCUCUUGGGCUGGCUUUGAACUCGCCUCAUGAGAUGUUUCUGUAAAUGAAUGACUUCUAGGGUAACAGUGGCAUUCGGAGAGUGAAGCUGGAUUGGCUUAAGCAGGCCUGUGCAGGGAGCGCCGCUUCCUGGGCUCCAGACAAGUGCCAGCCUGCAGUGGGAGAGAGUGAGGCCCAGCUGCCUGAAGAAGCAGCCAAGGCCUGCGGUGGACUGGCCCUGGAAGGUCCUUGGUCUUCCCUCGGUGCCCAAGAGAGCUGACUGCUGAAAGGUGAGGAGACCCAAGGAAGAGGAGUCAGGGAAGGCCUCCCGGAGGCACCAUGUUCCGUAAGAAAAAGAAGAAACGCCCAGAGAUCUCAGCCCCACAGAACUUCCAACACCGUGUCCACACCUCCUUCGACCCCAAAGAGGGCAAGUUUGUGGGCCUCCCACCACAAUGGCAGAACAUCCUGGAUACAUUGAGGCGCCCCAAGCCCGUGGUGGACCCUUCACGCAUCACACGAGUGCAGCUCCAGCCCAUGAAGACAGUGGUACGGGGCAGCUCGGUGCCAACAGAUGGCUACAUCUCAGGGCUGCUCAAUGACAUCCAGAAGUUGUCAGUCAUCAGUUCCAAUACUCUGCGUGGUCGCAGCCCUACCAACCGGCGGCGGGCACAGUCUUUGGGGCUGCUAGGGGAUGAGCACUGGGCCAAUGAUCCGGACAUGUACCUCCAGAGCCCCCAGUCUGAGCGCACUGACCCCCACAGCCUCUACCUCAGCUGCAACGGGGGCACACCAGCAGGUCACAGGCAGAUGCCAUGGCCUGAACCACAGAGCCCACGGGUCCUGCCUAACGGGUUGGCCACCAAGGCACAGUCCCUGGGCCCUGCUGAAUUCCAGGGUGCCUCACAGCGCUGCCUGCAGCUGGGCGCCUGCCUGCAGAGCUCCCCACCUGGCAUCUCACCCCCUAUGGCUACAGGGAGGCGGGGCGUGAAGGCUGCCAAGCAUGGCUCUGAGGAAGCCCGGCCACAGUCUUGCCUGGUGGGCUCAGCCACAGGCAGGCCAGGUGGCGAAGGCAGCCCUAGCCCGAAGGCCCAAGAGAACAGCCUCAAGCGCAGGUUAUUUCGAAGCAUGUUCCUCUCCACUCCUGCCACGGCACCUCCAAGCAGCAGCAAGCCAGGCCUUCCACCACAGAGCAAGCCCAACUCUGCUUUCCGACCACCACAGAAAGACUCCCCUCCAAGCCUGGUGGCCAAGGCCCAAUCCUUGCCCUCAGAACAACCCAUGGGGACCUUCAGUCCUCUGACCACCUCGGACACCAGCAGCCCCCAGAAGUCCCUCCGCAUAGCCCCAGCCACUGGCCCACUUCCAGGUCGGUCUUCCCCGGCGGGCUCCCCCCGCACCCGGCAUGCCCAGAUCAGCACCAGCAACCUGUACCUGCCCCAGGACCCCACAGUGGCCAAGGGUGCCCUGGCUAGUGAGGACACGGGCAUUGUGACACAUGAGCAGUUCAAGGCUGCACUCAGGAUGGUGGUGGACCAGGGUGACCCCCGGCUACUGCUGGACAGCUACGUGAAGAUUGGCGAGGGCUCCACGGGCAUUGUUUGCCUAGCCCGAGAGAAGCACUCUGGCCGCCAGGUGGCCGUCAAGAUGAUGGACCUCAGGAAGCAGCAGCGCAGGGAGCUGCUCUUUAAUGAGGUGGUGAUCAUGCGGGACUACCAGCACUUCAACGUGGUGGAGAUGUACAAGAGUUACCUGGUGGGCGAGGAGCUGUGGGUGCUAAUGGAGUUCCUGCAGGGCGGGGCCCUCACAGACAUCAUCUCCCAAGUCAGGCUGAAUGAGGAGCAGAUCGCCACUGUGUGUGAGGCUGUGCUGCAGGCCCUGGCCUACCUGCAUGCCCAAGGUGUCAUCCACCGGGACAUCAAGAGUGAUUCCAUCCUGCUGACCCUUGACGGCAGGGUGAAGCUCUCGGACUUUGGAUUCUGUGCUCAGAUCAGCAAAGAUGUCCCUAAGAGGAAGUCCCUGGUGGGAACCCCCUACUGGAUGGCUCCUGAAGUGAUCUCAAGGUCUCUGUAUGCCACUGAGGUGGAUAUCUGGUCUCUGGGCAUCAUGGUGAUUGAGAUGGUGGAUGGGGAGCCCCCCUAUUUCAGUGACUCCCCAGUGCAAGCCAUGAAGAGGCUCCGGGACAAUCCCCCACCCAAGCUGAAAAACUCUCACAAGGUAUCCCCAGUGCUGCGAGACUUCCUGGAGCGGAUGCUGGUGCGGGAUCCCCAAGAGAGAGCCACGGCCCAGGAGCUCCUGGACCACCCUUUCCUGCUGCAGACAGGGCUGCCUGAGUGCUUGGUGCCCCUGAUCCAGCUCUACCGCAAGCAGACCUCCACCUGCUGAGCCCACUCUGAGUGCACCUGCCACCUGUGCCCCACA